GCUAUGACUCGGACUCUGAUCGGACACAUAUGAAAUGUCCAUUGGACCAGUGCUAGCGCUCACUGCUGUUGUGUAUAAAUGCGUUCAUCACGUUGUUGACGUUUUCUCCGUUCUCCACAAUUCCAUUCAGACAACCUUUUGGGAUUAAUGAUCCUAAAAUCUUCCCUGAAGCACACACCUUACUGACUUGCUUAGUCUCCCACCGUGGAUAAAUAAAUGUCUCACUCACCUAUGACAGAAUUAAUGAAAGACAACGUAAUCCAGGACUUGUAUGAAACGCGCCAAACUAUCUAUGUUGGGAUCGUUGGUUUCACCAUAUUGGUUUGGGACCACAUUGUCACCAGCGCAGACGAGAUUGAAUUAAUCUGGCGACGCCCUAAGAAGACUCUUGUAUACUUGUUUCUACUGAACCGAUAUCUUACUCCUCUCGUUUUUAUCGUUAAUCUAGUUGCAUAUACCCUACCUUCAUGGGACGACACAAGUUGCCGGCAUUUUGUUCGAUACGAAGGGGCCACCACAGCUGUAGGCAUCGAGAUAGUCGGGUUGAUGAUGCUGUUACGCGUCAUUGCAAUGUAUAAAAAUCAAUGGGCUGCCAUUGCGCCGGCAGUGUUCUUACUGCUAGCUUGGAUUGUAGUGACUGCAUGGCUAUUGAGUCAUGGCGAACCCGUUCUUCACUCAGACCAUGUUCAAUCUUGCACCAUGGUGUUCGAUUCCGGCAGUAUUGCUUCGGCUACAGCUUGGUUGCCUCUGCUCUACGACACGUAUGUCUUUGGGCUGACGUUGAACCGCACGCUUCCUUCGAUCCGCAACAAAGAAGUGGGGCAUGUUUUCCGUACUCUUUUCGCGGACGGGCUGCUGUACUACAGCGUCAUCUGUACUGUAAAUCUGGUAUUGACAAUCAUGAUCGUCAGAGCUCAUGAGGGGAUAAAAAACAUCGCCGCACAGCUUGAGCUUCUCCUCACUGUCACAAUGAUGUCAAGGAUUACUCUGAACAUUAGGAAGCAAUCAUUUCAUGGACACCACUCGCAAGCGGAAAGUUUUAUUAUGUCCACACGCAAUGAUACCAUAUGCACACCUUCAGGGGGAGUUGUACUCAGCCGAUUGCGAUCACAUUCUGUCUCCUCCGCAGCGCGCGUCGAGUCGAGCAGUCGGGCGCGAUCUGGCUCGGUAAGUUCUAUUGUAUCCCCCGUGCGAACCAUCACCCUCCCAGAGAAUCCAUUAAUCUUCGCUGCUCGGCCUCGCUUGAGCACGAUAUUUUCUGCUACCAAUACUCCAACUACCCUAAGUCCUAGUGGUAGUCCAGUUAGCGAAUAUGUCGACUGGCCUUCAGCGUCGAAUUCCGACCAGCGAAAUACUACAAACAUUGUAUGAUUUACAUUUCAUCGAUUCUACCUAUUCCGUUACGACGUAAUUGUAUGCACUAGUUCUUCACGGGCAGGACACCUGUUCAGCAGGCCAAUAAGUAAAUGUUCAAACUUCAAUGCAAUAUACUACUUAGGAAUUUAUAUAAAUA